AAAUGUCCAAAUUAGUUGUUCAUUUGCAUUUUAAUUUAUUUGGUAACAAAUAUGAAAUGACAAAAAAGAGAGGUGCAAAGUGCAGUAACUGAUAACUUGUUACACCUUCCUACAAUUUCUCUAUAGUCCAAUACAGUAACGGGUCAAAGUCGGGCUGACUUCCUGGUGGUAAAAUAUACAGAAAUCAAAUUCCGUCUUUAUCGCCGGCAUCGAAUUCCGGAUCUUCUUAUUUUGACCGCCGCCCCCAUACACACACACCCACCCACCCUUCCAUUUUUCUUUUUUUCCCGUUGUUGUUACAGAGGUUGGCUGAUGUGAGAAGACAGACAGACUUUGGUUGCAUUUCACAGCACAAUCACGAUUGAAAAGGAAGGACAUCCUUCGAUUGAACUACUAUGAGUUGCUUUAACUGCUGCGGAGAAGAUGAGACCAACAAUAAUGCUGAUGGUGGAGGCCACUAUGCAGCAAAAAAUUCAGCUGGAAAUAAUGGAAAUUAUCAUAGUACAGAAGCUGCAUCAAAAGAUCAAGCUGUAAAAAUCCAGCCUAUUGCAGUUCCAUCAAUUCCAGUAGAGGAACUGAAGGAAGUUACAAGUAACUUUAGCACAGAUUCCUUAAUAGGGGAAGGCUCGUAUGGAAGAGUGUAUUAUGGAGUUCUUAAUAGUGGCCAGGCUGCAGCUAUAAAGAAAUUGGAUGCAAGCAAACAACCGGAUGACGAAUUCUUAGCUCAGGUUUCUAUGGUAUCGAGGCUAAAACAUGAAAACUUUGUGGAACUACUUGGUUAUUGUCUUGAUGGAAAUCAGCGCGUCCUCGCCUACGAGUUUGCAUCUAAUGGAUCUCUUCAUGACAUCCUCCAUGGACGAAAAGGUGUUAAAGGAGCACAACCUGGUCCUGUUCUUUCUUGGGGUCAACGUGUGAAAAUAGCAGUUGGGGCUGCAAAGGGACUUGAAUAUCUUCAUGAAAAAGCAGAUCCUCACAUUGUUCACCGUGAUAUUAAGUCAAGCAACGUACUAAUAUUUGAUGAUGAUGUAGCUAAGAUUGCUGACUUUGAUUUAUCAAACCAAGCUCCUGACAUGGCAGCACGUCUUCACUCUACUCGUGUUCUUGGGACAUUUGGAUAUCAUGCUCCAGAAUACGCAAUGACUGGGCAGCUGAAUUCGAAGAGUGACGUGUACAGCCUUGGUGUGGUGCUUCUGGAACUGCUUACCGGGCGCAAACCUGUAGAUCACACAUUACCUCGUGGGCAACAAAGUCUAGUAACAUGGGCUACACCAAAACUAAGUGAAGACAAGGUGCGGCAAUGUAUUGACGGUAGAAUGGGAGGAGAUUACCCACCAAAGGCGGUUGCAAAGAUGGCUGCUGUAGCGGCAUUGUGUGUACAAUAUGAAGCAGAUUUCAGGCCAAACAUGAGCAUUGUAGUGAAAGCACUCCAGCCACUAUUAAAUACUCGUCCAGGACCAACUGCUGCUGAAACAUGACGACCACCUACAAACGACUAUUCGUCUCCUCCAAACAAGUUGGUAAAUCAUAUGAUAUUCAUAUGGAAACUGCAACCAACUCGCCUAGUCUCAUCUAUUCUAAUGAGAUACUCGAAUCAGUUUGUGCCUCCAAGUUUAUACAAUGUCAUCAUUAUUAUUAUCUGUAUGCAUCGACAACCUGAGGCAUAUGAUAUUCUCCUUGUUUCUCUCUCUCUCUCUCUCUCUCUCAGUAUUAUAUGAUAUCAUCUUUUUUUCUUU